CACAGAUCAGAUACACGCUUUCAGAUCCAUAAAGCCAGCCCCCCUCUCUCUCCGCCUUUGAUCUAUGUGUGUGUGUGUGUGUGUGUGUGUGUGUGUGUGUGUGGUAGUGUGUGUUCCUGUGUGUGUGCUCCAGCGUUAAGCUGUGCUGUGCUGUUGUGUUCUGGUGUUGUGUUGAGUCGUGCAGGACUGGAGGAGCAGCGCUGACAUGGUGUGCGGACCGGUGCGGGAAACACGCCACCACCACACCUCUCACCGGUCUGCCUUCGACUUCUAACAGCCACACUUUGAUCAACAGGCUCCGUCUAGCAGCUGCGAACAAGUGGCUCAUCAAAAUGGUCUGGAUGCUUCAACACACCUUCUCUCUGCUGCUAACUGUGCAUGUCAUAUAUUCAGCUCUGAUUCAUGUGAGAGCCGAGGAGGAGACCAGAGAAUGCAGGGAGCAGGAGUACAAGGACCGCUUUGGGAACUGUAAACCCUGCAAACAGUGUGAUGCAGGACAGGAGCUUUCAAAGGAAUGUGGCUUUGGUUAUGGAGAGGAUGCCCGGUGCGUGCCCUGUCGGAGCAGUCGCUUCAAAGAGGACCGGAGCCUGCAGAAGUGCAAACCCUGCCUGGACUGUGGCCUCAUCAACCGUUUCCAGAAGGGCAACUGCUCCACCACCAGCAACGCCGUGUGUGGCGACUGUCUGCCAGGAUUUUACAGGAAGACAAAACUAAGUGGUUUCCAAGACAUGGAGUGUAUACCUUGUGGGGACCCUCCACCGUCCUAUGAGCCCAACUGCAGUGGACGUGUGAACCUGGUGCCGCUGCCCUCCGUAGUGACCAGUCCGAGGGACAUGGCCCUAGCGGCGGUCAUCUGCAGCGCUCUCGCCACCGUCCUGCUGGCUCUGCUCGUCUUGUGUGUCAUCUACUGCAAGAGACAGCUGCUGGAGAAGAAGCCCAGUGCCUCUCUCAGGUCUCAGGACUGUCCCUACAGUGGAGCCGAGCUCUCCUGUCUGGACGCCCGCUGGCUCCACGACUUUCCCCAGAGACCCUGCUGUCAGUGUCACCUGGGCCCCGGACACACCUGCGGUCCAGUCCACCUGAUCCCGUCUCUGUGCUGCGAUGAGAGCUGCAGUCUGGGCCGCAGCCAGGACAUCAGCCCAUUCCAGUCCCAGAUGAGUCUGAGUGAGGGAAACACAAACCUGAACGAGGACGGAGCACCGAUGCAGCUGGAAGGACGUCCAGAGUCCGUCUGCGAGGGGGCAGGUGGGGUGAGAGGAGGCUCAGAGCCCGCUGAGUCUUUCGGGCGAUCUCAGCUCAGUGCUGAACCUGCAGAAAGACUGGAAGUGGAGGGAGAAGAGGAAGAUGAGGAGGAUGAAGGGUGCAGGUCAAAGGAGAGUUCACCUGAGAGGAGCCAAGGGAACUGCAGUGAAGCUGUGACAGAAGCACUUCUUCCUAAACUGCACAAACCGACUCAGGAAGGUGAAGUGACAUGUCUACAUCAGGAAUGACAGAAAGUUUAUAGGAUGACAUGGAUUUCUUUGGCUUGUGUUCCACCCUUGAACCACCGUGGACUCAACAACAGAUCCCGUUUCAGAUUACUCACCAGUCCCCCCCCCCCCCCCCCCCCCCACACACACACACACACACACACACACACACACACAGACCAGCAGCAGCCACUCACAAGUGUGGUCGCGCUGCCUCUUUGAAAUGCCUCCCGCUGACCUCACAGCCCUUCGUCUGAUGGUCCAAACAGAAUUUGUACAUGCAUGCAAACAGAAGCACUACUGAGGAACAGGAAAGGCCCACAUACAUACACACACAUACAGAAUGUGAACCCAUUGGCCCAGAAGGUAAAAUCAUAUGAAGUUCAAACGUCGAGGAGUGCUGACUUAUUACCGUGGAACAAAGUGAAUCAAAGUGAGCCUCUGCUCUGCCUCGAGAAUGUCUCGCAUCUUCACAUGUAGGAGAACAUAAACUGUACCACUCAUCUAGCAGCUGGUGUUAUGAAGCUUUUGUGUGUUAAAGGUGACAGUUGUAAAGUUUGAAGUGUGAAGAAGAAAAAAGUGUCAAAAGUGUUAUGUUGCACAUUGAAGACAAUCUUGAUAAUACGGAACAAGAAAAGACGAGGAAUGUCGAAGUGAUAAAUGUGUUGUAGAUACUGUAAAAUAGUAAAUAGGUCAAUAUUUUUGUAACAUAGACGUGAGUGACGCCAUGUCUGCUUUUCUCCCCCCAGUUAUAGUGUUGAAGGUUGUGAAUGGUCACUUCCAUGUAUCAUUGUUGUAAAUAAACCACUCGAACAAAUUUA